AUGGCCGACACGACACCUGAAAAUGACCGCGAACGUCUCAAAUCGGCACUUUGGUACGCGAUAGGACAAAUCGUGGACGAAGAGUCGCUCAAGCGGAAUCGCAAUGCGACGCCGCAGUUUAUCGGGGCCUUGACGGAGAUGGUCUGGGCGCAGAUUGAGAGCGUAGCGAUUGACCUCGAGACGUUCUGCAACCACGCCGGCAGAACGACAGUCACAACAGACGACGUGCUGCUGCUGGCGAGGAAGAAUCCGGACCUGCACGACAUUAUGAAGGACUUUGUCGAUGGGAUCAGGGCGGAGAAG